AGCAGGAACAGGCCCGGUCCGGCGCUAGAAUGUCUGAUUCGGACAGCGAGGAGGAAGCGGGCGAUGGCUGCGACGAACGGCGGGCGACGCCGUUCUCCUUGGCUGGCUUCCUCUUUGGCAACAUUAACGAGCAGGGGCAGCUGGAAGGCGAGGGCCUGCUCGACCAGGAAUCGAAAAAGCAUUUGGCUGGGCUUGGUGCCCUUGGUCUGGGGAGUCUCAUCACUGAGAUCACAGCCAGUGAAGAUGACUCAUCGGAGGCAGAUGGAACCCAGCUGGAUGAGGAAGGCUGGGUUAAGAGCACGGAGGAUGCUGUUGAUUACUCUGACAUUAAUGAGGUGGCUGAAGAUGAGAGUCGCAGGUACCGACAGGCAAUGGGCAGCCUUCAGCCAGUUCAGAGGGCAGAUGAUGAUGAUGAUUAUGAUGCUGACUCUGAAGACAUUGAUGCCAAGCUGAUGCCUCCCCCACCUCCACCUCCAGUCCCAAUGAAAAAAGAAGAUGAAAAGGACCCACCUACCCCUGGGUCUGAAGAUGGGGAUGGGAUCAUUCUGCCCUCCAUCAUUGCUCCUUCCUCCACUGCCUCAGAAAAGAUGGAUUUCAGCAGCUCCUCUGAUUCUGAGUCGGAGUCUGGAUCCCAGGAAGCUAGACAGGCAGAGUCCAAGGAAGGCAAACUCACCCUGCCGCUUGCGGGAAUCAUGCAGCGAGAUGCCACCAAACAGCUGCCUAGUGUAACUGAGCUGUUCCCCGAGUUCCGGCCUGGCAAGGUGCUGCGCUUUCUGCGUCUUUUUGGCCCUGGGAAGAAUGUCCCAUCUGUCUGGCGUAGCGCCCGAAGGAAGCGUAAAAAGAAGCAUCGGGAGUUAAGUCAAGAAAUGCAGAUCCAGGAGGGAGAAGUCACAGUGGAGGCAGGCAUGGAAGGCAAAUCUCCCUGGGAGUAUGAGUUUGCUCCUCCUCCACCCCCAGAACAGUGUCUUUCAGAUGAUGAGAUCACUAUGAUGGCACCUGUGGAGUCCAAGUUCUCGCAGUCUACUGGAGAUGCAGAUAAAGUUGCAGAUACCAGACCUAAGGUGGCUGAAUGGCGCUAUGGGCCUGCCCAGCUCUGGUAUGACAUGUUGGGAAUCCCUGAAGAUGGCAGUGGCUUUGACUAUGGCUUCAAGCUGAAAGAGCACCAAGAGGAAGAGGAGGAGCAGGGCACUGAGGCUGAGAAGGAUGAAUUGCUGGCAGAUGAACACUUCCUCAUGGUGACCCAGCUGCAGUGGGAAGAUGAUGUAAUCUGGAACGGAGAAGACAUCAAGCACAAGGGGACCAAAACGCAGCGAGCAAGUCUGGCUGGUUGGCUGCCCUCCAGCAUGACCAGGAAUGCAACUGCUUACAACGCCCAGCAAGGGCUGAACCGCAGCGGCUCCCUGCUCAACUUGCCUGUUCCUCUGGUCCAGAAGCCCAGCGUGGCAGCAGUCUUGGGCAUUGCUAAAGGCAAAGAGAAGCAGCUCCCUGAACAACAAGUGUCACUGGACGAAGAUAAGCCAUGGUUCUCCAUUUUCCCAAUUGAUAAUGAAGAAUUGGUUUAUGGCCGCUGGGAGGACAACAUUAUCUGGGAUGAUGAGGCAAUGGAGACUGUCUUGAUACCACCAGUUCUGACCCUCGACCCUAAUGAUGAAAAUAUUAUCCUAGAAAUUCCUGAUGAGAAGGAAGAGAUGACCUUGAACUCUCCAUCCAAGGAGAAUAAGAAAGAAUCUUCUCUGAAGAAAAGCCGGAUCCUCUUGGGCAAAACAGGAGUAAUUAAGGAAGAGCCUCAACAGAAUAUGUCUCAGCCAGAGGUGAAGGACCCCUGGAAUCUUUCCAAUGACGAAUUUUACUAUCCCAAGCAGCAGGGGCUUCGUGGAACGUUUGGAGGCAACAUCAUCCAGCACUCCAUCCCUGCAGUGGAGCUGCGCCAGCCCUUCUUCCCCACCCACAUGGGCCCAAUGAAGUUGCGCCAGUUCCAUCGUCCUCCCUUAAAGAAAUAUUCCUUUGGAGCCUUGUCCCAGCCUGGUGCUCACUCGGUACAGCCGCUUCUGAAGCACAUCAAGAAGAAAGCCAAGAUGAGAGAACAGGAGCGGCAGGCCUCUGGAGGUGGGGAGAUGUUCUUCAUGCGCACCCCACAGGACCUCACUGGUAAGGAUGGGGACCUCAUCCUGGCAGAGUACAGUGAGGAGAACGCCCCCUUGAUGAUGCAGGUGGGGAUGGCAACCAAGAUUAAGAACUACUACAAACGGAAGCCAGGCAAGGAUCCAGGGGCCCCAGACUGUAAAUAUGGGGAGACUGUGUACUGCCAUACCUCCCCCUUCUUAGGCUCUCUCCACCCAGGCCAGCUGCUUCAGGCAUUUGAAAACAAUCUCUUCCGGGCACCUAUCUAUCUGCACAAGAUGCCUGAAACAGACUUUCUAAUUAUCCGAACACGACAAGGGUACUACGUCCGGGAGCUGGUGGAUAUCUUUGUGGUUGGCCAGGAGUGUUGUCUCUUUGAAGUUCCUGGUCCUAAUUCCAAACGAGCCAAUACACAUAUUCGAGAUUUCCUGCAGGUCUUCAUAUAUCGUUUGUUCUGGAAGAGCAGGGACCGACCCCGGAGGAUUCGCAUGGAGGACAUAAAGAAAGCCUUUCCUUCCCACUCAGAGAGCAGUAUUCGCAAGCGGCUGAAGCUCUGUGCAGACUUUAAGCGCACUGGAAUGGACUCCAACUGGUGGGUUCUGAAGCCAGAUUUCCGAUUGCCAACUGAAGAGGAGAUCCGAGCGAUGGUGUCACCGGAGCAGUGUUGUGCCUAUUACAGCAUGAUCUCAGCAGAGCAGCGCUUGAAGGAUGCAGGCUAUGGAGAGAAAUCCUUUUUUGCUCCAGAAGAAGAAAACGAGGAGGAUUUCCAAAUGAAGAUAGAUGAUGAGGUGCGCACAGCCCCUUGGAACACCACUCGGGCCUUCAUAGCAGCAAUGAAGGGCAAAUGUCUGCUGGAAGUGACUGGAGUGGCAGAUCCCACUGGGUGUGGAGAAGGAUUCUCAUAUGUAAAGAUCCCUAACAAGCCAACACAACAGAAGCAGGAUGAUAAGGAGCCACAACCCGUUAAGAAGACGGUGACUGGAACAGAUGCUGAUCUCCGGCGCCUGUCUCUCAAAAAUGCAAAACAGCUUCUGCGCAAGUUUGGAGUUCCUGAAGAGGAGAUUAAGAAACUUUCCCGCUGGGAGGUGAUUGAUGUCGUCCGCACCAUGUCCACAGAGCAAGCUCGCUCAGGGGAGGGCCCUAUGAGCAAAUUUGCCCGUGGGUCCCGUUUCUCGGUGGCAGAGCACCAGGAGAGAUACAAAGAGGAGUGCCAGCGCAUAUUUGACUUGCAAAACAAAGUUCUGGAAUCCACUGAGAUCUUGUCAACUGACACGGACAGCAGCUCUGCUGAGGACAGUGACUUUGAGGAGAUGGGGAAGAACAUAGAAAACAUGCUUCAGAACAAGAAAACCAGUUCCCAGCUGUCCAGGGAGAGGGAGGAGCAAGAGAGGAAGGAGCUGCAGAGGAUGCUGCUUGGAGAAGAGAGUGGCAAUGACAAGGAACGGAAUAAGAAAGACAGGCGGGACAAGAAAGGAUUGUCCUCUGCUACCAACAACCUGGGAGGCUCUCACAAAGAUGAUGACACUGCCUCAGUGACCAGCCUCAACUCCUCUGCCACUGGCCGCCGUCUAAAAAUCUACCGCACGUUUCGCGAUGAGGAUGGGAAGGAAUAUGUAAGAUGCGAGACAGUCCGCAAGCCCUCAGUGAUUGACGCCUACAGCAGAAUACGGACCACCAAGGAUGAAGAGUUCAUCCGGAAGUUUGCCCUCUUUGAUGAACAGCAUCGAGAAGAGAUGCGGAAGGAGAGGCGUCGGAUCCAGGAGCAGCUGAGACGGCUCAAACGGAACCAAGAGAAGGAAAAGUUGAAGGGUCCUCCUGAAAAGAAGCCCAAGAAGAUGAAGGAACGACCGGAUUUGAAGUUAAAGUGUGGUGCUUGUGGUGCCAUUGGGCACAUGAGAACCAACAAAUUCUGCCCUCUUUACUACCAAACCAAUGCUCCGCCAUCCAAUCCUGUGGCUAUGACAGAGGAGCAGGAAGAGGAGCUGGAGAAGACUGUCAUUCCCAAUGAUAACGAAGAGCUGAUCAAAGUGGAAGGGACUAAGAUUGUCUUGGGGAAGCAGCUCAUUGAGAGUGCGGAUGAAGUUCGCAGAAAAUCUUUGGUUCUGAAAUUUCCAAAACAGCAGCUUCCACCAAAGAAGAAACGGCGAGUAGGAACCACUGUUCACUGUGACUACUUAAAUCGACCUCAUAAAUCCAUCCACCGGCGACGCACAGACCCAAUGGUGACACUGUCCUCUGUCCUGGAAGGCAUUAUCAAUGAGAUGCGAGAUCUCCCCAAUACUUACCCUUUCCACCAACCUGUUAAUGGAAAGGUUGUCAAAGAUUAUUACAAGAUCAUUACAAAACCGAUGGACUUGCAGACACUGCGUGAGAAUGUCCGCAAACGUCUCUACCCGUCCCGUGAGGAGUUUCGAGAACACCUGGAGCUGAUUGUGAAGAACAGUGCGACAUACAAUGGGCCAAAGCACUCUCUGACCCAGAUCUCUCAGUCGAUGCUGGACCUCUGUGAUCAAAAGUUGAAAGAGAAGGAAGAUAAACUGGCUCGUUUGGAGAAGGCAAUUAACCCCCUUCUGGAUGAUGAUGACCAAGUGGCCUUCUCCUUUAUUCUGGACAACAUUGUCACCCAGAAGAUGAUGGCUGUUCCUGAUUCUUGGCCCUUUCAUCAUCCGGUUAAUAAAAAAUUUGUGCCAGAUUACCACAAAGUCAUCGUCAGCCCAAUGGACCUGGAGACAAUCCGCAAGAAUAUCUCUAAACACAAAUAUCAGAACCGAGAGAUCUUUCUGGAUGAUGUGAACCUGAUCCUUACCAACAGUAUCAAAUACAAUGGGCCUGACAGUCAGUACACUAAAACAGCUCAAGAAAUAGUGAAUAUCUGUUAUCAGACGCUGGCAGAGUACGAUGAGCACUUGACACAACUUGAGAGGGAUAUCUCUACUGCAAAGGAAGCAGCUCUGGAGGAGGCAGACCUGGAGAGCCUUGACCCCAUGACACCUGGACCAUACACUCCUCAGCCCCCAGAUCUGUAUGACACCAAUACCUCUCUCAGCAUGUCCCGUGAUGCCUCGGUCUAUCAAGAUGAGAGCAAUUUGUCUGCUAUGGACACUCCCACUACCACCCCUGAGAAACGAGGAAUGCAGAUGCGGCAGGGCCGAGGUAGGCUGGGCGAGGAAGACUCUGACGUAGAUAUUGAAGGGUUUGAUGAGGAUGAGGAUGGGAAACCUAAGACUCCAGCCCCAGAAGUAGAAGAUGGAGACCUUGCAGAUGAAGAAGAAGGCUCAGCACAGCAGCCACAAGCCAGUGUGCUUUAUGAAGAUUUGCUCAUGUCCGAUGGAGAGGAUGAUGAUGGCAGUGAUGAAGAAGGUGAUAACCCUUUCUCAUCUAUUCAGCUAAGUGAAAGUGGGAGUGAUUCAGAUGUGGAAUCCAGUGCAAUGAGACCUAAGCAGCCUCAUGUCCUUCAAGAGAAUACACGGAUGGGCAUGGAUAAUGAAGAGAGUAUGAUGUCCUACGAGGGAGCUGGAGGAGAGGCUUCUCAUGCAAUGGAUGAUAGCAAUGCCAGUUAUGGCAGUUAUGAGGAACCAGAUCCAAAGUCCAACACCAGAGACACCAGUUUCAGCAGCAUUGGAGGUUACGAGAUUUCUGAAGAGGAGGAGGAGGAGGAGGAGGAACAGCGGUGUGGUCCAAGUGUGUUGAGUCAAGUCCAUCUUUCGGAAGAUGAAGAAGAUAGCGAGGACUUCCAUUCCAUUGCAGGAGACAGUGAUUUGGAUUCAGAUGAAUAAGCCCAUCAGUGGGUGGAAACUCAGUCUACAAUCCAUUCUAAAGGUUAAUGUUUCCCAUUCAGAAUGGUGCUGCUAAUCAGAGACUUCUUGUUCAUGCUUCAAUUUUUAUUGUAUGUAUUACAAGUGAACAACAUGACUUUACAGGGCAUCCUACUGGAAAGUAUCAUUUCACCUGUAAAUGCAGUACCUGUGUACGUGUGAUGUAGCUUGUGUUGUCAUUCCUGGCAUAGAUGGAAAUAGUGUAAACACAAGCUUUGAAUGGCUGAUUUGCAUGCUGAUCCUACUUUCCUAUGAUGCCCUUUCACUUCCAGUUGUGAGUGCUUCUGCUUACAAGCUUUUGCUUACAUCUGUUGAAACACUUGACCCAAAUGUGAAUAAACCUGUUUUUAUAAA